AUGUUGCCCUCAUCGGUGCGGCGCGUGGUCGCCUCGACGCCCCAGUCUCCCCUCGCCGCCUCCCUGAGCACGUCCGCUCCGAGAGCGGCUGCGGCGACAUUCAACCUGCACCAGGUCCAGAGACCCGGCGGUCACCAGAGACGAUGGUCCUCCUCGAGUCCGUCGAGUCCCAAUAACAACGGAUCCAAGGAAACUCCGGGUCAGAACGUCCAUGCGUCGACCUCGUCCAACUCAAACACCAAGGCCGGCGGCGAGAAGCGGAAACGAAAGAGCAAGGACAGCGCCGAGAGGGAUGCCGCGCAAAGGCUUCCCAGCGUGCCCAGCACACAACACCUGUCACAAGAGGCACUGGGACUGUCAACGUUCUUCUCCCUCCACCGGCCGAUAUCUGUGACCCACAGCAUGCCCAAGUCGAUCACCGACGAGGCUUUUGCCGCCAUUUUCAAGUCCCGAACCAGGGCCAGCAAGACUACCGACGUCAUCAACACGCUAUCACGAGCGACCGAGGAUCUCGAGGGCGCCAUGGCCAAGAUGACCGUCCACCGGGAAGUCGAUGCGUCAGGCGAGCCCGUUCAGAAGAUCGAUCUCAAGCACCCCGACGGCACCGAGUCGAGCGUCUACGUCCAGCUGAACGCCAUGGCCGGCCAGUUCGUCCCAUUCCGCCCCCCUCCCCCGCCCCAGCAGGAGGGUGCCACCGAGGCCCACGCCGAGGCCGCAUUCGAGGACGUGGUCGAGGAGACCACUCACCACCGCGUGUACAAGGCCAUGUUCACGAUCGAAGAGACGACGGACGCCGACGGCCAGGUUCAAGUCCUCGCCCACAGCCCAAAGAUCAUGUCGGACGAGGCGCCGCGCUCCUUCCGCGAGCGCAUGUUUCUCCGCCAGAUGAGACUCGACGAGGCGAACGGCCGCAACACGAUGUACGCCCUCAGCGUCAGGCGCCAGCGCAAGAUUAAGAUGAAGAAGAAGAAGUACAAGAAGCUGAUGAAGCGCACGCGCAACCUGCGCCGCAAGCUGGACAGAAUCUAA